AUACGUCAGCCCGAGCCAGUCAUACCGUCGUAGUCUCCCCAUACUCGCAGCUACGAAACCUCAAAGAUGGCGAGAAAGAACACGCGGAGCGUGAUGGACUCUUCCUGCGGAUCAUUACGAAUGAAGGACAAUGCAUCCGAAGGUGUGAUCAGAUCAGGCAGGGUACCAUUUUUCAAGUUGUUCAACGCCACCUACAAAGCUAUAUUCACCGGGUCACCGCAUUACUGCAGAGGAGCUACCUAUAUCUUAGAGAUCAACUUGGUGUCGACUGGAAUGUCAUACCGUCGUGGUGGUGACUUACACGCAACUUCAAGUCUUAAAGACGGGGAGAAGGAGCGAGGAGAGCGCUACAGAAUCUUCUUGAGAAUCAUCCUAGACGAGGCUCAGUGUAUCCGCAGCGACCUCAACGUCCCUCACCGAGAAGAGCCCAUGCGCUCUCAGUAUACCAAGUUCAAAGUCAGACUGGCUCAUCCAGUGAAAGGAGAGCAUUCCGAUGGUGGCGAGAACUCCGAUGACACGAAGUUCUGGGUCAGCGAAUGCGAAUCAGUCGAUGAUCUAGACGACGAAGCCAUCAACAUCAAGAUCGCCAAUGGCUGGCAGUGCAAGCACUGGCCGGCGUUGAUCAGGCACAACGGCAAGCGUCCAACGGGCCUGGAACGCAAAGAUCGAAAGAAGGUCGACGGCAAGAUGAUCGUCUUAGACGUACCACCCCCGUUCGAUGACGACCCCCUGGAGCGCAAAGAUCGCACGAAGAUCAACGGUCGUACCGUCGUGAAGGACGUUCCGGCUCUGUUCGAUGAGAACCCAUACGACCUCUACCAUCCCGACAACCUCAACAGCAUCAAGUGCUUGUCAACGGUCGCCUUUCGCCACUACACUGCUAGGCAUCUUAUCAAGUCACAAAUGGAAGACGUUGAUGGGAGAAUCGUUGCCGAGAGGGUCAAGAAGAUCCUUGAGAUGUUGGUUCUCUCAAAAAAACCUAUUCAGCACAGUCGUUAA